GACUCACACAAACCCAGACACCACGGGCGUCCCCACAGAUGUCCCCGAGACUCUCACAGAGAUCUUGCAAACCCCUUUACAAGAAGUGAACCUUCUAGGUUCGUCCUGUCUGGGUCUGAUGCAGCUCUCUCAGGAGACCUCACCCACCCGGCAGAUGACCAGACUGCUGUUGGCACUGAGACUACUGGGCGUUCCGGUUGCCCCGGUGACAGAUCCCUCCUCUCCCGGCCCAAGUUCUAGAGGCCUCAGUCAAGCUCCUCCCUCAUCGCCCCCGGACCCCCUUGUCCCUCCUCCUCCCAACCUUCCCCAGAUCUGGCCAGAGCUCCUUUGCGAAUUUCUGCAGAUGUCCAGGUCCCCUUCCCAAGUCGUAGACCUGCAGGCAACGCCGCUGACCACACAGCGCCGGCAGCUGGGGCUCAACGUCACCCGGGAGCCUUCCCUCCCUUAGGGCUAACCUGACUUAAGGACUUGUAACAAUCAAGCCAAAGCCUAGAGAUGGAAGCAGACGAGGUCACAGAAGAGCCUCAUACCACCAUGGAUGCAGAGGAGCACCCCUCUUCAAAGAACCCCCCUGCCAAGGACUCACAGGGGCCCCCUAUCCAUGAAACCCCUUUGGAGCCUGCCGUCUCUGAGAACUCUUUAAACCACUCUGUCUCUGAGAUCUCCUUGGAGACCCUUAUCCCUGAGACCCCAUUGGAGACUCACAUCUCUACGGUCCCAGAGAAAGAGCUUACUUUUCAUACCUCAUCAGUAGACCAUGUCCCUUUGUCUUCCUCUGAUGCUCUGAAUGAAGACCUCUUCUCUGAGACUUCCUCCAGUGAGGUCUCAUGGACAAAGAAGUCCAUUCAGACCUCUGAAUCUGAGAUCCUUCAAAAGGACUCCCUUUCAGGCCCUUCAGCCCAGGUCCACCGAGACAUAGCAGAAAAGAGGGAAGAGCAAGGAGAGGAUAAGGAAGGGGUGGAUGCCACUGCCAGCACCCCUCACACAGCUCAGCCUGCACACCUACUGGGCAAGAAGAAGGGGAAGAAAGGAGUUAGCCGUAAUUGUUCCUGCCCUUUUCCACAUUCUUAUCACUGUCUCUCACCUGCCCCAGGAGGAGGGGAUUUGGGUUACUCUUUGACCUUGCCCCUUCUCUUAGUUUUAGGCCUCCUCACUUCCCCUGGGUUAUUCAGCCCUCCCUUCCUAGGUUACACAGUCCACCCAGUGGUCCCUGUUAAGGCAGAGUUGGUGGAAGUGGCUAAAGCAAUGCAAAGAGAGAAGUUUGGUGCUCAGGUGAAUCAUCUUUUCCAGUGGGAGAAGAAUGCAGCCCUUAAUGCCAGGCAGAUAGGCCUCUACAUUGGCUGGCGCUGCCCCCACUAUCUAUGGGAUUGUUUCCGGAUUGGGGAUGAGUCCAAGUGCUUUUGUGGACACUUGUUGAGAGAGCACCAGAUAGUCUCAGACAUAUCCGUGCCCUGCAAUGUGGGUCAGUGCCGCUGCCUCAUGUUCUGCUUUAUUCCAUCACGCCCGGAGGAGGUGGGUGAGUUCUGGCUCAAAAGACGGGCCACCUUUGACCCCAAGGCCUGGAGAGCCCAAUGUCGCUGUAAACACAGCCACGAAGACCACUCAGCUAUCGGGUCCCAUCCCUGCAGGGUCAAAGGCUGUUGCUGCAACUGCUUCGAGUCUAAUUUCCUCUGCGCGGCCUGUGACCGGCGCUGGGAGGAACAUGAGACUUUCUUUGAGACUGAGGGGACCCGGCGACGAGGAAGGAAGCCUCACGGAGGAGACUAAGUGCCUUUUGCAGAGAUGCCUGCCCUCCAAGAAGCCAUCAUCAGCAACUCUAACUUUGAGACCCUACAGAAGCAGGAGCCCUCUGGCCAUCCCAGCUCCCACCCUACUCCCCCUGGGCUCCCUGGCCCACACAGCCUCAGGCCUGGCCCUACAUCUGACCCCUGUACCUGACCCUUUCACCUCUACUCUUCCCUCCUCCAGGGACAAAUACGGUCAACACCUGGCGCAGGCCUCUGUGAGCCUGGCCCAGAUGAGCAAUAAAAGGGGAAGCCGCUGGAAUCUGACCUGGCUCUGUAUGGGGCAGAUAGGGCCCAGCCCAGGGACCUUAGAGUCAGCACCUAUUGGGGGCGAACAAGAGUACCAGGCACGAGAAAGUCUGGAUCCAGCCAUCUGCCUCCACUACACCUACAUUUAGGCUCCAGCUCUGGCAUCAGAAGGAGAGAGGGGCUUCAAGGAAGCCAAGGAGAGAGGGGGUUUCAAGAAGGAUAGAGUAAGCAGUGAUGUUAGAUGCAGCUGGGGGCUCCAGUAAGAUAAAGACUGAAGCGUCCGUUGGAUUUUGCAGUUAGAAGUCUUUGGGGACAUCAGAGAGUGUACUUUCAGUGGUGCAGUGGAGGCAGAAACCAAACAGCAGUAAAUUUGAAGGAGUUUCUUUAAGAUGCAGGAGAGAGAAGUCAGACAAUUUCCUGAGGGAGACGUGGAAGUAUUUUUUAGGAAGGAAAAAGGGAAGGGGCCAGUAGAUAAAAAUACCUUAAAGGAUGCAGAAGAGAAAGAGAGAUGCCUGGUGAGACAAGAUCCCAGAGACGGAGGGGGGAGAUGAGAUCCAGGCAGAGGUGAAGGGAUUUGCUCUGGACAGGAGAAACACCACUUCCUAAGACCAAGAGGAAGGAAGGAAGAAAGGAUGGGGCUAUGGGACUACAUCAAACUAAAAAGCUUCUGCACAGCAAAGGAAACCAUCAACAAAACGAAAAGACAACCUGACAAUUGGGAGAAGAUAUUUGCAAACCAUAUAUCAGAUAAGGGGUUAAUAUCCAAAAUAUACAAAAAACUCAUACAUCUCAACAAAAAAA